GGUUUUCUUGAUUUUGCCAACUUAUAAUGGCCACCUCAAGCUCUCCUUACAUGUCAACAGAGGAGACCACGAAUGCCAAUAGAACAAGUCGUCUUAUACUGGGUCCAUGCACUGAUGAACUCCGUGAUGUAUUACGCCAUUUUGUUCCGCCACAAACAUUUCCACACGUUAUCAAACAAAAAGCUAAUACUAGUAGUCUAUCUCGUCUAACAGGUCCACAGAUGAAUCUGAUUUCACCCAGAAAUGGAACCUAUACUGGCAAUUAUGAAGAUAUGGACAUCUCUUUACUCUAUGCAUUGCUAAGAAAUAUAUGUGGUAUACCACCGCAUUCAAAGGGUUGGGGUAAUGAUCCAGAUCCAACUGACUGCUCUCCCUCAGCUUGUAUUGAAACUAUUCGAUUGGCCAGGAAUCGGUGUGUACAUUCUUGUAUUCCCUCCCUCUCCAACAUAGAGUUCAGUCAUAUCUGGUCCACUGUCAGAGCAGCAGUGGUGAAUUUAGACAACUUCCUCAAAAAUGGAUGUAAGUAUGAGAGGGAGGUUGAUUUCCUAAGACAUGAAACCAUGGAUCCUGUACGUGACCAGCACUACCAAGAGGAACUGAGAAAACAAGUAGAAGAAGAUCUGGAAACCAGAGAAAUGCUUACAAAUUUCAAACGAAAGUAUGAAGAAGAUGCAGAAAUAGUUGAAAAAAAAGUAAAGAGAUUAGAAGAGGAAAUUGAAUGUCCUGUUCCUCAAAACAUAAAAGCUCUGCACAACUUAGACCUGAAGAAAUGGGAAGAGGAAGACACUUUUUAUCAGGAAACUCACAGCUUUUCUUCAAUGAUGCAAAAAGUGAAAGACCAACCAUAUGUAAUUUUCGUUGGAGUCCCAGGAUCAGGGAAAUCGGCCACAGCUCGUCACAUUGCACUUAAGCUCAAAAGUGAAAAUUACCAGGUUUUGCCCAUUAAGGACAUUAGAAAGUUAGAAGAUUUUUGCGAUACCAAUAAUCCACAGGUUUUUGUUAUGGAAGACGCCUUGGGUGUAUAUGGCCUUCAACAGUCUGAAUUGAAUAUCAUACUCCGAUAUAAAGAGCGAAUAAUCACACCAAUGAAUGAAAAUUCAAAAUUACUGCUGACAUGCAGAGAGAUUGUAUUUAAUGAGGUUUUAUGUCACAAUGUCUUUUUAGCUGAGGACAACAAUGUCAUUAAGUUGUGCAAUUCUGAGCAUGAUUUAAAUGACAAUGACAAGAAACUAAUCUUAAAGAAAUAUGGGUUAGAUGAAGAUUUAAUGACCCGUUCAGAGCUUAGGUCUGCAUCUCGAAUGUUCCCUCUUCUUUGUAAACUGUUUGCAAAAGACCUAAAACUCAGAUCUCUGGGUUCAAAGUUUUUCAUUAUGCCUGUACAGUGUUUCCUUGAGGAAUUGGAUAAAAUGAGAUCAGAGAACAAAAUUAAUUACGCAACACUUAUUCUAUGCAUGAUGAAUGGAGAUAUGCUCUCAAAAGAAAUUCUGCGAGAUAAAAACAAUGCUGAAUUUAUUGAAAUGAAAACUGUUGUGCUAGAAAGUUGUAGGGUAGAAAGUCACACAGAUACAUUCAAGUUUAUGGAUGCUUUGUCUGCAAUGAAAGGUACUUACACAAGAGAGAAUGACACAGUGUUCUCAUUUAUUCAUGAUUAUAUUUAUGAAAUCUGUGCAUUUCAUUAUGGUCAACAGUUUUUGGACCAAGUUUUACUCUAUUUGGAUAGUUGUUACAUAGCAAACUAUGUAAGACCAAAGGAUGUGGAAGCAAGUACCAGUAGCACAGGUGAGAAGUCCUUUGAUUUGUGUCUAAGGUUAAAUGAAGGACAAUAUCUUAUGUUUGCAGAGAGGCUUUACAGAGACAUACAGGACCUGGAUCUGCAUGAUGUCUUCAUGAACAAUUCUUUGAAACAUCCUCAAGUAAUACAGGCAUUCAUCAAUGUGUUGGAAAGAAAAUCCUACACAGAAUUAAAAUCUAUAUUCCUACAAAAGCAAGGCAGGGGCCUACCUCACUUAUUAAGUAAAGUGCGGGACUUAAUCAAGGAAACUCAGAUGCAGACAAAUGAGGAGAUUGAAAGAGAGAGAGACAGUGUGUGUUGUUGGAUGAGAAGUGGCAUGCUAAAACAUACACGCACAACAUCAGAGUGA